AUGUUGAACAAAGUGGGCCGAAGAGUGGUGACAAAGUGUGACACACGACCCCGAACACGGUGGACGUACGGAUGGUGGGUGGUGGUAGGAGUGCUUGCGGCGUGCAUCGGGGCGGGAAGGGCGCAGGCGAACGGACCGACACCACAGCAGGAACAGGACAUACUGAUACUGGAUGCACUCGGGAAGCGGCAAACGUUCAACAAUGAAGAUUACGGACAAAAUUCCAUCAUCGAACUGUUGGGGAGAAUGAUCCCGCAAACGUGCCGCCACAAGGGACGCAAGUUCGAGUGCGGCCUGUCGCUGUCGUGCGUUCUCGGCGGUGGAAAACCGCUCGAUCUCUGCUCCGGCGGGAUGAUUUGGUCGUGCUGCAUCGACCGGGACUUUGCGCCCGAGGCCGACCCCGAGCAGGGUGCCGUCCAUAAUGCGAGCUGCGGUGAGCUGUACACACGCACGAACCGUAUCGUCGGUGGACACUCGAGCGGAUUCGGAACGCAUCCGUGGCAGGCAGCCCUGAUCAAGUCCGGAUUCCUGACGAAAAAGCUUAGCUGCGGCGGUGCCCUGAUCUCCAACCGAUGGGUCGUCACAGCGGCACACUGUGUGGCAACCACACCAAACAGCAACCUGAAGGUGCGCCUAGGGGAAUGGGACGUCCGGGACCAGGAGGAACGGUUGACGCACGAGGAGUACUCGAUCGAGCGGAAGGAGGUGCAUCCAAACUACUCGCCGAGCGACUUCCGGAACGAUAUUGCGCUGGUCAAACUGGAUCGAAAGGUCGUCUUCCGGCAGCACAUCCUUCCGGUUUGCUUACCCCCGAAGAGUGUGAAACUCGUGGGGAAAAUGGCUACGGUGGCCGGUUGGGGUAGGACGAGGCACGGUCAGAGCACAGUUCCUUCCGUCCUUCAGGAAGUGGACGUCGAGGUGAUACCGAACGAGCGCUGCCAGCGAUGGUUCCGGGCGGCAGGACGGCGGGAGACCAUCCACGAUGUGUUCCUGUGUGCCGGCUACAAAGAGGGUGGCCGAGACAGCUGCCAGGGUGACUCCGGUGGGCCGCUCACGUUGUCGAUCGACGGUCGGAAGACGCUGAUCGGGCUGGUUUCGUGGGGAAUCGGAUGCGGCCGGGAACAUCUGCCGGGUGUGUACACCAACAUCCAGAAGUUUGUGCCCUGGGUCGAGAAGGUGAUGGGCAAAGAAUACUAG